UGAGAUUGUGGAGUCCCCGCAUCAGCUCCCAACCUUCUUACAUAGAACCCCCAAAUCUCACCGGACUGUGGAAGCAAGGGCUUCAACAACGCUCAUUAGUCUCUCCAUCCCUUUCGCGCGCUUCAGCCUCGCCUCUCCAUCUCUUUCGCGCUUCAGCCUCAUCUCUUCACUCUCGAUCAAGCUUCAUCCUCCUUGAACUGCUCAUCCAGAUAUGGAUCGAAGGCAAAUUAUGUUGCUCUUAUUGGUGGAGUUGUGGCACCUAGAGACAAUGUGUGCUUGUACUAUGCUUGUGCUACUGAUGUUUAAUUUGAGACGAAGACGUGCUGAAAGACAUGCUCUAAAUAAUCGUUCAUUCGUUAGACGUGAGACUCGUUUGAGUUAUCUAGAUAGUAUUAUAGGUAAUAGUGACACUGAAUGUGUACACGAAUUAAGAAUGGAUAGAAGGGCUUUUGGCCUUUUGUGUGAACUGCUUCGCACAGAUGGAAAGAUAAAGAGUGAUGGUUUGGUGUCUGUGGAAGAGCAAGUAUGUAUGUUUUUACAUAUACUUUCACAUCAUGUGAAGAAUCGUACUAUUAGAGGUAGAUUUUUUCGAUCUGGAGAGACUAUUAGUAGGUAUUUCCAUUCUAUACUACAAGGUGUUUUACGAUUGCAAGGUAGUUUGUUGAGGGUACCUGAUCCGGUACUUGCUGACUGCACAGAUCGUAGAUGGAAGUGCUUUAAGAAUUGCUUGGGGGCACUAGAUGGAACUUACAUUAGAGUGCGUGUACCUGCAAUUGACAAGCCAAGAUACCGUACAAGAAAGGGUGAAGUUGCUACAAAUGUGUUAGCUGCUUGUUCUCGUGAUAUGCAGUUCAUAUUUGUCUUACCGGGUUGGGAGGGAUCGGCAUCGGACUCUAGAGUUCUUCACGAUGCAGUGACUAGGCCGAAUGGAUUAAGAGUUCCCACUGGUUAUUAUUACCUUGUAGAUGGGGGUUACACAAAUGGUGAAGGAUUUCUUGCACCAUAUAGAGGAACAAGGUAUCAUUUAUCAGAAUGGGAUGAAAGAAAUAUGCCUAGGGAUCAUGUGGAAUAUUUUAACAUGAAGCAUUCGAAGGCAAGAAAUGUCAUAGAACGGUGUUUUGGAAUGCUAAAAGGAAGGUGGGGAAUACUAAGGAGUCCAUCAUUUUAUCCAAUAAAGACACAAUGCCGCAUAAUUACGGUUUGUUGUCUUUUACAUAAUUUUAUUAGGAGAGAAAUGUCCAUUGAUCCGAUGGAGUAUGCAGUAUGUGAAUUAGAUGCUCAAAAUGGGGAAGAAGUUGAUGUAGUUGGCACGGUUGAAGCGUCUAAUCAAUGGACUACUUGGAGGAAUGAAUUAGCUUCACAAAUGCAUAAUGAAUGGACGGGAAGAAGGGUUGUAAGGGCUGCCGGAGAUACAGGGGUUUCAGGUGCUGCUGCAAGGGCUGCAAGGGAUGCAAGAGCUGCAAGGGAUGCAAGGGCUGCAAGGGAUGCAAGAGCUUCAAGAGAAUAAAUCAUUGACGGAAUGCUUUAAAUACAUCUAAUAAGUACUAAGGAUCAUUAUUUAUAUAGUUUUUGAUUUGUUGUGAACACUAAUGCAUUUUAAUUCUUAGGAGUGUUUUUCUACUAAGUACUAAGGAUCAAUUCCAGUUGCUUCAACCAUCUGUUGAGUGUUUUUCUACUUGAGAAUAAACAUGGGUUUGUUUAUUGAGUUUCUUUUGUAAAUCUACUCUCGUGAUAUGUAGCUUGGUGAUGUUAUUGUUAUCUUCUGUAAAGAGAGAAACAAUCUGCGUGUUCAAUUGUUUGGGAAUCUACUAUGCUGCAUAAUGGGGAGUGAUUGCAUUUCUAUAUUGUGGAUUGUUCGAAUGGAUGCAGUGCAACCACUCUUUUUGCACUUUCUCCUUUUUGCUGUCUCCUUCUUUUCCCUCUUUUCCGUUUUACUUCCCUCUUUUUCCUCUUUUGUUUUUCUCCUUUCUCCUUUUUGCUGUCUCCUUCUUUUCCCUCUUUUCCGUUUUGCUUCCCUCUUUUUCCUCUUUUGCUUUUCUCCUUUCUCCUUUUGCUGUCUCCCUUUUACCUUUUGUUGUCUUCCUUUUCCCUUUCCUCUAUAUGUUUUUUCUACGCAUAUUAAUUGCUUUACAAUAACAGAUGCUACUGUGAAAACUUGCUCCAAAAAACUUCUUCUGGUUGUUUUCAUUGAUUUUGGAUGUUACUGUGAAAUCUUAGAUAUGGAUCGAAGGCAAAUUAUGUUGCUCUUAUUGGUGGAGCAAGACGGGGAGCCUAGAGACAAUAAAAUGGAAAGUGGUGAUGAAAAUACAGAGCAAGGGAAGUCAAGACGUGUAUGGACCAGCUUUGAAGAAGAGUCUUUGUUGAAUGUUCUUGACGGAAUUAUUGCUGGAGGACAACGCUGCGACACUGGUAGUUUCAAAUCUGGUACUUUAAUCAAAAUAGAGAAUGCUUUAAAUCUUUUAUGUCCCAAUUCCAAUCUGAAGGCAAGUCCACAUAUUGAGUCAAAGUUGAAGAAACUUAAGAAAGAUUAUAGCAUAAUCUAUGACAUGAUGAACAAGAGUGGAUUUGCAUGGAAUGAUAUCAAAAAGUGCAUUGAAGUUGAUAGUAAUGAAGUAUGGGAAACGUAUUUGCAGCACAACAAAAAGGCAAAGGGAUGGAGAAACAAGAAGUAUCCAUUAUUUGAUAGACUAGCUACCAUCUUUGGGAGUGACCGUGCUACUGGAAAUGGGGCUGAGGUCCCUGCUGAUAUGAUGGAGGAGCAGAGCAACAAUGAAGAUGAUAUAGGCAUUGGGAAUGACACAAGCCCCAUGUCAAUGAGGCAAGAUAGCACUGGACAAUCUCAGGUCAGUCAGAAAAAGAGGAAAAGAAAUGAUGAAGAUAAAAUUAUGCUUGCAUUGGAUAAAUUGUUUGAAGAAUCUGGAAAAAGAAUGCAAGCAGUGACUGAUGCCAUAGUGAAAGGUAAUGAAGAUCGAUCUGAUAUUGCUAAGGAACUUAAGAAAAUGGGACUUUCUGUUCUAGACCAAAUUGAGGCAUUGAAAAUCAUUUUGGAUAAGCCCCAAAACAUAUCUGUGUUCAUGUCCUUAGAUGAUGAAGUGAGGAAAGUGUAUGUCGAGAACUUGCUUGCGGGCACUGCUAGAGGAUCUACCUAGCUGCUGUUGCAAGAUAUGUUCUUUUUUUUGUUUGGACAACUACAACAGUUGCUGCCUUAACACAUGUUGGACAAGUUCCUUCUUUUGCUAGAUUAACAUUCAUUUUUGUAAUUGCUAGAUGGAACAUUAUUAGCAUGUGGAAUGUUAAAUCAGUGUAUCACUGUGUUGUAUUAAUAGGUGGACUUGUUGAUGUGUAAAAACUAACUACAAAGUAUGUAGAUUGUGGUUGCUCUUCUCAAUCUAUGAUUAUUUUGCUGUA